AUGGAUCCAGAAGUUGAUGAUGAUGAUCUUCGUUCAUUAUCUGAACGUAUUUUACCUUUAACGUCUACAUCUUAUACAAAUAAUACAUCUUCUCGUACUACUACUACUACUAAUAAUACUAAUAAUACUAAUAAUAAUAAUAGUCGUACUCGUUUAUUAAAAUCACAAAAAAAUAUUUCAUUUGAUAAUCAAAUAUUUCAUGAAGAAACAUCUUUACCACUAACAGCAACUACAGGUGAUAUUAUACAAAUGAGUGAUGGUACAAGAAAAAAAUAUAAUGGUUCAUCAUGGCGUCGUAUGUGUUCAAAACCUAAUUGUACUUAUUAUACACAAAGUCAAGGUUUAUGUAAACCACAUUUAGCUGCAUUAAAAAAACGUAAAAUAUUAAAAAAUGAUAAUGAAUUAAUACAAACACAACAACAAAUAACAUCUGAACAAGAACAACCAAAAAAAGGUGAUAUUAUGAUUUUAUCAAAUGGUAUACGAAAAAAAUUUGAUGGACGACAAUAUCGUCGUAUUUGUAAUAAAACAAAUUGUACUGUUGUUGUACAUGGUAGUCUUGAAUAUCAAAAUGGUUUAUGUCCACAACAUUAUCAAGAAUGUCGUGGUAAAACUAAUAGUCCAUCAUUAUCUUGUUCUGAAUCAGAACAACAAUUUUUAUCUGAAUCUUCUUCAACACCAUUGACACAAUCUAUAAGUUCAUCUUCAUCACGUAAACGUCGUCGACUAAAAUCUCCAUUAUCAUCUGUUAAUCAUUCUCAAUCAUCAAUAUUUGAUAUAAUAAAUAAAAAUUCUAUACCAAAACCUAAUCGUCGUUUAUCAAUAGCUGUCAUUCCAGCAACUGUUGAUAUAAAUCAUCCAAAUAAAGGUGAUAUUAUUGAAAUGGAAAAUGGUUCAAGAAAAAAAUUUGAUGGUGUUGUUUGGCGUACUAUUUGUUCUAUACCUGGAUGUUUAAUAGCUGCACAACGAAAUGAAUUAUGUCGAAAACAUUUUAUUAAACUUAAUGGUAAACAAAGUACAGCACCAACUAUGGCUAUGAAUAUUAUUGGAUCAGGAACAAUGAUUAUGUCAAGAGCAAAUAGUACUUCAUCAAUAGAUGAAAAAAUAGAACCUCAAGAUUCACAAAAAAAAGAAACAAUAUCAAAUAUAAAAGAAGAAUCAAUUGAUUAUGAUGAUAAUCAACAAGAAGAAACAAAUAUUGAUAAUGUAUCACACAGUUAUAGUGCCUCAGAUGAUGAUACACAUAUUAACCAAGAACAGUCAUCAUCUCUAAUCGAUGAAGAUAAUUUAGAUGCACAAAUAGAUCAUUCAUUAAUCAAUGCACUUUCAGCUAGUCGAGAAAAAUUUCCAACAACUUUUUUAAAAAAAUGGCUACGAGAACAUCGUACUAAUCCAUAUCCAAGUAAUCAAGAAAAAUUACAAUUAGCUAAACAAUCAUCCAUAACAUAUGAUCAAGUAACAACAUGGUUUAAUAAUGCACGUGCUAUACUUCGACGUCGUCAAGCUAAAUUACAACAUUCAUUUGAUAAUGUUGAUGAUAAUCAUGAUGAUGAACAAUUAUCAUAUGAAAAUAAAAAACGUUCUGAAUCUUCAAGAGGUCCUCGAUCAUUACCUUUAUUUAAUGGUAUAUGUUGUCGUUCAAUAGGUAUACAAUGUAAUCCUUCAACAGUAGAUCAAACAACAAUAACAUCAACAAAAAUAUCUGUUAUGACUGAUGAUGAACUUACAUUAGAUCGUACAAUAAGAAUUUUAACACCAUCAAGUCGUGUAUUAACAACUAAUUAUCUUAAAAGAAAUGGUAGUCAUGAAUUUUUAUUAAAUGGAAUUAAAAAUGACGAUGAAAAUGAACGAGAAAAAUCUAUUAUUGUUACAAGUACUUGUCUUGAUGAUGAUCAAAUGAUUCGUUUAAAAGAAUUUUGUUCAAAAUUUCAAAUUGAAUUAUCAAAUAUUGUUGAUAAUCAUACAACACAUUUAAUAACUGAUGAAGAAGGUGAAACACUUGUAUGUCCAUUAUCAAAAAAAGUUAUACAAUCUGUUGCACGUCAUAUGUAUAUUGUAACAUAUCGUUGGAUUGAUGCUUGUUUAAAAGCUAAUCAAAUAUUAAAUGAAAAAUUAUAUGAAAUUCAAGGAGAUUUAACACUUUCAUCAGAUCAUAAUGGUAUGCAACGAAGUCGUCAAAGUAUAUUACCAGAUAGUUUACCAAAAAAUUUAUUAUUUGAAAAUUUUUCUAUUAUGUUAAAAUGUAAUGGUUGUCAAGAAAUGAUGAAUAAUGAUGAAUUAAUUGAAUUAGUUCAAUUAUCUGGUGCUAAACAUACAACUGAUUCACAUUUUUCACGUUUACAAAUAGGUAUAACACGUAUUGUUCUUUGUGAAAAAGAAUAUUUAAUUAAUCGACGAGAAAUGUAUGAAAAAUGUAUUCAAGCUGGUAUUCAUUUUCUUACACCUGAAUGGUUUCUUGAAUCACUUGUUCAAUAUCGUAUUCAACCGUUUCAAGAAUAUCAAAUAACACCAUGA